AUGUUUCAACCCGGGUUUGGCGGUGGCUUCGAUCCGGCCAACCCGGAACACCUUUACAACAUGGCCCGCGGCCGGAGACCGGUGAUGCAGCGAUUCGACGAGUACUACAGGUGCUACCCCGUCGUCAUGGCCCCCGGUGCAGAGCGACCCGAGCUGAACUAUGGUUCCAAAAUCAUUCUGCCGCCCUCGGCCCUGGACAAGGUCUCAAAGCUGCAUGUGCAGUGGCCGCUACUGAUGGAAAUGAUCAACGGGGAGAAGGGAAGGCAUUCCCACGCCGGUGUGUUGGAGUUUAUCGCAGAAGAGGGACGGGCAUACAUUCCCCAGUGGAUGAUGGAGACACUGGGCAUGGACGUGGGCGACAUGAUUCAGAUCCGAACCACGUCGCUCGAACUGGCAAAGAUGGUCAAGCUCCAGCCCCAAUCAGUCAACUUUUUAGAAAUUAGUGAUCCAAAAGCUGUGCUGGAGAGGGCCUUUAGAAACUUUGCCACGCUGACCAAGGGCGACGUGUUCAACUUUGAGUACAACGACGAGAUAUACGAGGUGGCGGUGCUGGAUGUCAAGCCCGAGACGGACAAGAUGGGCGUCAGCAUGAUUGAGACAGACGUGUCGGUCGAAUUCGCGCCCCCCGUCGGCUACGUCGAGCCCGAGAGGAGAAGCGGCACCAACACGCCCGGCAGCACUCGCAGCGGCGUUCCCACGGGCGGCCUUGUCCAGAGCCAGGGCACCAUGGCCCAAGCAAUCGGCUACGGCUCCAUCGCGCCCUCCGUCACCAGCAACCCCACCAACUUUGUCGGCGAGGGCCAGCGCCUCACAAAGAAGGGCAGCAAGACGUCGACGCCAAAGCCGGCAACGCCCGUCCCGGCCGAACCAACUGCGCCCAAGAGCCGAACUGGCGCGCCGGCACCACUGCGCUUGGCCCCGAAUAAGCUGUUCUUUGGGUACGAGUACAAGCCGCUGAAAACAAAGGAGGAGAAGGAGCAGGAGCACGAGGACGCCAAACGGCCGCACUUUGCAGGCCAGGGACAGAGUCUCCGAGGAACCGCCAAGAGAAAGGGCGAGGCGGAUGACAAGAGCAAGGCGCCUGACAAGAAGGGUCCCAGUGAAGGUUACAGACUGGACGGUCGUCGUCCGAAGUGA